AUUGGGGAUUUACACGGAGACGUGUACAUUUGGUUUCUUAUGAGUGUGUGCAACUAUGGCUACUAACUGUCUUGAUGCCACAGAUGAUAAUAAAAAAGAAGAAAGGACAAACUCUCAGGAAGAACACCAUGGACAGAUUGAGAAAACAACUGACAAAAUGAACGAUAGGGAACAAGAAUUAGCUAGAAGAGAAUUAGAACUCUCGCGCAGAGAGGAUGAAAUUUCAAGAAGGGAGCAAUUAUUCUUAAUGAUGGAAGGUCUACGUGUAGAGUUAGAACAUGGCAAGCAAAACGAUAGGGAAGAAGAAUUAGCUAUGAGAGAAUUAAAAGUCUCUCGUAGGGAGGAUGAAAUUUCAAGAAGGGAAAAUGCUUAUUUAUCCAGUCAGCAAGAUACCAAUACGAGUCCUCGAAACAUAGAAAUGAAUGGAUGCAAUUAUAUUCAAAUUGGAUUUGGAAAUGAUGGAGUCCAGCAGAAAUUGGAACAAGAAUCCUUAAUGAUGGAAGGUCUACGUGUAGAGUUAGAACAUGUCAAGAAUACGACUAACACAAUUCUUGAAUGUGUGAAAGAUCUUAAAAAAGAAUCUACAAAUCUCAGGAGCAGUGACAAAAUUAGGUACAAACAGUGAAUGAUGA